GCCUCAAAAAAAUUUUCAAUAGUCAACUUUUUUGAGCCCCUCUAGUUUGAUACCCAUUUUGUAUAUUUAAUUCCGCCUGAGAAACGUUGGCAGCUCUGAAAAAAAAUGAUAAAGUGGAAUGGCCGAUCAAAAUUUUGCUAAAUCCGGUAAUGCACUACCGGAAUUCUUGGAAAUGCACUACCGGAAGUACAGGGUGAUGAACGCGGGUUCUCACCCUCCACUUCCGGUUGUGCAUUUCGCCCCAUAUAAUAUCCCAUUAUUAUUGUUUAUGUUUUUGACAUUUUCACUUAUAGAAAAAUUUCCCUACAUUCAGUAGAAAACGUCAAUCGGAGGCGAUUUGAUUAUUUUUUGUCGUUUGCCCCGGAAUCUGUUGCAAUUUUGUUAAUUUCUUUUUUUUUAUAUGGCCCCAACUAGAAGGUGUCCAAAUUAGGUGGGUCAACGUGUAAUACCCCAAUACGAAAGUACUAGAAUAAAGUGAAAAAUGUAUAAAUGUGAUUAAUUGCGCAUGCAUGUAUGUAUAUGGAUUUUAAAGCAAACUCGCAUUUUGUAUUUUUCCAUUGUUUAAAAUAAGAAAAAAUGCAAAAACAUGAAAUAGAUAACGAAGAAAUGAAACGCUGGACAAGUGCAUGAAUUCCGUAAAAACCGAAAGAAAAAUUGGAACAAGAAAUUACCACAGCAAAAAAGUUGGUUUGUAUCAAAGAAAAAGUAAAUGCUAUGAAGUGUAGUAGUGCAGAACAGUGAAAAUUAAAUACCUUAUAUACGCGCAUGUGAAACAAAAUACUGCAAAAUAACGUUCAACCAUAAGAAGUUGGGCGUUAAUAAAACCAUAUCGACCGACAGACGCCAUUCAUUGCAGCGUUUUCGGUUCCGCAAAGUAUCAUUCGUUGGACGACCAAGCUCUGCUGAUUUGGAGAAAACCAACCAUAUAUUUGCCUUUAUACAAAUCUAUGGAUGCAUGUAAAGCAGUAAUCGUUUCCAUUUCCAAAAAUUAAAGCUUUAAAAUGUCCAAUCAAUCAGACAUCGAUUAUGAUAAACAAUUCCAAGAUGAUUUGGCCAAGGCGACCGCAUUGAGUUUGGAGCAACAAGCACUCGAUGAUUAUCGUCGCGCCAAAAAGUACGGCACCGCCGCCCACUACUACAAUGAACGCGCCCAAUCGCAGUCGCCUUCACUGCAACAUUCACAUUCCGUACAUCAGCGCCAGCAAUCGACUGAAUCCGCAGUUGCCUUUUACGCGCAACUGCGUACACGUUACCAGCAGUCGCGUGACAACUCAAACGAAGCGUCUGCAGCAGCGCCAAUGCCACCACAUCGUCGCCACUCUGAGGCCAACAACAAUGUGUCGCUGAAUGUAGCCGCAGUAACGGCAGCGUCACGCGAGCGCUCCAAAACGCCACCUACCGCGCUGCCUGAAAGCGAUCUUAUCUCUUUCUCCAGCCCUACGGCGAAAGAAGCGCAACCCAAUACUUUCGAAAAGCUAAUCGAAGAUUUGCAGAAGCUGCAGACCUCGAGUCAACAAACGGCAUUAGUGCCGUUCGGUCCUGUAGCUGCGGCGCCCAUAACAUCAAUGCAUGCUGCUGCCGCCGGCUAUCGUGGCACACCGCCUUCACUGGUCACGCCCACACACAACACUGCCAUGUAUGCGGCAGCGCCGGCAGCAUUGGGUGGGGGUGCGGGUGCAGUUGGUGGCACCGCUGGCAAUUGUAUGCAAUUGGUGCCCUUUACGCCGGCACCAUCAUCAGCACAUCAACAGAAAGUACCACUCACAGGUGAGGAGCUGCAGAAACUCUAUAACAUGCCUCUCCAACAGCAACAACAACAACAGCAGUAUUAUCAACAACAGCAGCAUCAGCAAAGGGCGGCCAUAAUGCCAGCGGGCUUCGUUUAUCCUUCAACACGCAUGGGCUUCGUACCCUCGGUGGGUGGUUAUGUUGCACCAACACAUGCUGCAGGCUACACGCAGAGCGCGCCACCUACAGCUGCUGCAGCAAGCGCUUUUACACCUCCACAAUUUCCACCAACGCCUUCACACUAUGGGUUUCAAUAUGGCGGCAUGCCGCCCGCAGCUGCUUCAUAUUAUGGCACCGCGGCAGCGCCGACGAAUAUACCAUCGGUAGCAAGCAGCGUUUCCGCAGCUGCAGCGCCAAUGCCGCUCACCAAGUCACAGUCUGCAGCGGCAGCGAUUGUACCGAAUGGCAGUAAUAGCGGUGGUGGUAGUACGGUUACCACUGCUGGCAUGCGUCGUCAAACACCGCCUGCGCGCAAGCCACAACGCACCGGAAAUGAUUUGAUUGAUCUUAAUCAGGAGGAUGACUCGCGUGUUAGUGUGUUGGAGGCAUUCGAUCCUUUGCUCAAUGCGGAUGAAGAAGGUUGCGACGAUGCCUCAGAUUGUACCUCCUAUUAUGCGGAAUAUGACCCAUUCGAUUAUCUCUAUAGUGGCGGUGGCACACAGUACUCGGAUCCCGUUUACGAGGCGGUGAAUAAGUUGGAGAAGAGCGCUGUGAGUCCAAAUGUCUCCUCCAUUGGUUGGCGCACGGAUUACCUCAGCCACGAUGAAGUACUCGCCACCGAUCUAACUGCUAUUAGCAGCGCUAACGCCUCAACGCACUAUCAGCUCGAUGAUCAAUCACCAAGCGGUUCACGCUCACCGCCUCCACCGCUGCCGCCACGCAAUACUGGCUCGCGCUCCCCACCCUUUCUACCUGGUCUCUAUCCAACACUGAAACAUGAAAAUAGUGUGGAAGGCAGCAGUAGUGUGAGCGUGGGCGCGGUGGCUGGCAGUUCCUUCUCCACUUCCAGCUCAUUCAUACGGCCCAGCGCAACGCUGGAUCGUCGAAAAACUGCUGCCGGAACGCGCCUCUAUGAAGUGGUAACGGAUCGCCGCACCGUCGAUCCGGAGCUACUGGAAUUCUUCUUCAUGGUUAAGGAGUUGCGUAUGCGCUAUUUAUACAAUGAUACGUAUACGAAUCCAGGUCAUGUAAUUGCUUCGGAAUUUAAUUAUCAUUAUCCGCUUGAGACGAGCAUCAAGAUUUUGGUGCAUCCUGCGCUGAAGGCACUGCUGUCCCAUGCGGAUAUGGCGCGUACACAAGGGCAGGUGAAGGGGUAUGGCGUGCCGGUGGUGUUUACAUGUGAUAUCAAUACGGCUGUGGAAUUGGUUAUUGAUCAAGCAUUUUGCUCGCUGGAGGGUAUUAUUAAAGGCACUCCUAAUGAUUAUGUGGUGAAGCCCAUCGGCGUCUCUGAAUGGCUAUCACCCACAUCGAAACUCAGUCAGCUGGAAUGUGUGCAUAACAGCCUAAAGCUGGAGCAGGACGUGCAAUUGGGUUUGUGCGUUAAAUCCGAGGAGAAUAUGCAAGUGAUAGCUCGUACGCAGUGUGAUGAUCUGCGUGAUGUAGAUUUACGAGCAGAAGAUAUUUUGCCCAACGAAAUGGCAACGACCAUCAAUUAUGAUAAUAUGAUGAUACUGAUAGAAACGCUUGAAACAGAGAUUGAUAAACUAGAGUCAGCGGAUCCAAAUUCACGAUCCAUACUCUCAUGCUCGGGCGUUGUGCAGGCAGUUAAGGCUAUUUGCGCGCUACUCGGUUCGAUAGAUACACUUGAAAUCACUGCCUGCAUCGCCGAUCUCAAACGCAUAUGCGAGGAGGGUCAAGUGAAGUAUGCUGCGCAUAGCGCGGAAACCAAUCCGGAGAUCGUGAGCGAACGUGGCGAUUAUGCAGAGGUGCGUUUAGUGCCACGGCCCAAGCUGGAUCAGAUUAAGCUGAAAUGUAGUCAGUUGCGCGAUGCCGUGCAGGAGUUAAUUGAACUCUACUCAAAUGUAUUCCGAGUGGGAUUCUCUGUGAAAUCGCUAGAUUAUUCGACCACACCCAUACCGGUUUCGUGUGUACUAAAACCAAUUGUCGUUAGCAUCAAUUGUCUGCAUCGGCCGCCACCAACUUGGCGCUACGAUGACUACUCGCUGGGCGUGCAAAUCAACUAUGGCACUCGCUUUGUAUCCGAUCCGAUAGUCACUAAGUGUUCGAAUGAUAUGAGUGGUGGACUCUUUCCACGCUUGAAUUUCUCUUCAUGGCUGACUUUCGAAAAGAAUCCAAUUUGUACGCUGCCACGAGAAUCGCGCCUAAUAUUUGUGCUCUACGGCACACAAACAACGGAAAAUGAGCAAAACACAGAUGCGAAUGGUGAACGUCGCUCGGUGGCCACCGAAUUAGGCUGGUGCGCCAUACAAUUGUUUGAUCAGAAGCGUGAAAUGAUUUGCGGCUCCUAUUUGCUUUCGAUGUGGCCGCCAACAACGGAUAAGUUCUUAGGUCCGGCGCCUGCGCGCGGUUGUCAUCCACAGCCAGAUAUCUGCCCGGUGUUAAGCAUAGAAGUACCGCCUUACGGUGGCCGCAUACUAUUCCCCGAGCCGUUGGAACAGCCACCGCCAGCACCGCGUUACGAUUUCAAUUCGCUGGACGCUAAUUUGCAGCAGGAACUGCUAGACACUGCCGAGCAGGGUUAUUCGGGCGCUAAGGAUAAACGCGAAGUAUUUUGGGAAAAACGGUUGUAUUUGCAGAGCUUUCCCUAUGCAUUGCCGAAAGUGCUUCACGCCGCGCACAGCUGGGACUAUGCCAGCCUCAUGGAUCUCCAUUCAUUGUUGCAUUCGUGGGCGCCGUUGUCGCCACUGCAAGCGCUGGAAUUGCUGCUACCGCGGUACCCUGACGCCAAAGUGCGUGAGAAGGCGGUCGAGUGGAUUUCGCAACUGCCGAAUGAUCAGCUGGUCGAUUAUCUGCCGCAAUUGCUGCAGGCCCUCAAGCACGAUACCUACGAAGCAUCGGCAAUGGCCCGCUUCUUGCUCUGCAAGUGUUUGGAAUCGCCGCGCAUAGCCCACCACUUGUACUGGCUCUUGGUACACAGUUUGCCAGGCGAUGAUCCACAGAAUUCAAUCGAUGCCUCAUCGGUGGCGAGUGAAAUUGAUGAGUCGCUAAUAACGCAGGCGCGCUACUAUAGGCGCAACAAGAUGAUGCUUCGCGCGCUGCUGGCGGUGUGUGGCGAGCGGCUGUUGGCGCGCUUUCUCAGUCAAAAUAUGAUGUGCAAGAGCUUAGCGCGGCUUGCCGAAUCCGUAAAGGAGGCUAAAGAAUCAUUGCGGCAGAAAACCCUCUGCUUCGGCAUGGAAACUGUACAUCAGCAGUUGGGUGACAAGCCCACUUCUCUGCCGCUGGGCCCCGAAUUAGAAGUGACCGGUGUAAAUGUGCGCAGUUGCAGUUAUUUUAACUCAAAUACGCUGCCACUAAAAAUAUCCUACAUCGGCUCAGAUGGCGAAGUGCUGCCGGCGAUUUUUAAGUCCGGUGAUGACUUGCAACAGGACAUGCUUACCAUUCAACUCAUACGUGUUAUGAAUAAAAUGUGGUUGGCUGAGGGUUUGGACCUGAAAAUGGUUACCUUCAAUUGUGUACCUACGGGCUUUAAGAAGGGCAUGAUUGAAUUGGUGUCCGAUGCGGAGACAUUGCGUAAAAUACAAGUAGAAUAUGGCUUGACGGGUUCGUUUAAAGAUAGACCGAUUGCUGAAUGGCUAGCCAAACAGAAUCCUAGUCAGUUGGAGUAUCAGAGGGCGGUAAAGAAUUUCACAGUUUCCUGCGCCGGCUACAGUGUUGCGACUUACAUACUCGGUAUCUGUGAUCGUCACAAUGACAAUAUUAUGCUAAAGACUUCCGGUCAUCUCUUUCAUAUAGAUUUUGGAAAAUUCUUGGGCGACGCGCAAAUGUUUGGCAAUUUUAAAAGAGAUCGCACCCCAUUCGUGCUCACCUCCGACAUGGCUUAUGUGAUUAAUGGCGGCGAUAAACCCUCCACUGAUUUUCAUUAUUUCGUCGAUUUGUGUUGUCGCGCUUUUAAUAUAAUACGCAAACAUGGUGAUCUCAUUCUGCAUAUGCUUGCACUAAUGGCCACUGCCGGCAUACCCGGUGUAACCGCUGAUGCAGUGACUUAUGUGCGUGUCGCUUUGCUGCCGGAGCAAUCAAAUCCAGAGGCAGCUGCCUCUUUUGCCAAGAUGAUACAGUUCUCGCUGAAGAGUUGGUUCACACAAUUCAAUUUCUUCUUGCACAAUUUGGCGCAAAUGCGUUUCAGCAACGAUGAGGGUAGUGGCGAGUUGUUGUCAUUUGUGCCGCGCAAAUAUACCAUGCAACAGGAUGGCCGCUUAAAGAGCGUUAUGGUAGUGCGCUGUCAGAAGCAUUACGAUAUGGAAAAGUAUUACACCUACAUUUUACAAGUGACGCGUCAUGGUCAAACCGAUCCAACGCAUUUAUUCCGCUCGUAUAAGGAAUUUACGGAAUUUCAUCAGAAGUUGUGCUUACACUUUCCACUGGCGAAAUUGCAUAGCUUGCCAAGUGGCAUGCAUGUCGGCCGUUCCAACGUCAAAUCGGUUGCUGAGCGUCGCCUGCCUCAAAUACAACGUUUUCUUAUCUCACUCUUCAAUUCAGCGGAUGAGAUUGCUCACUCGGAUUUGGUGUAUACGUUCUUCCAUCCCUUGUUGCGUGAUCAGCAGGAAGCUAAGUUGACGGUGUCGAAAGUUAGAGAAGUAAAGCAACAAACGCGUGAAAAUCCCUAUGAAGUUGGUCAGAUUAAAAUGUCUUUGCAAUAUCGCCGCGGUGUCUUAACGGUGAUGAUUCACCAUGCGAAAGGCUUACCCAUGCUGCAAGGGGGUCAAGAGCCUAACACCUACGUCAAAUGUUAUCUCAAGCCGGAUACAACAAAAGUGACCAAACGCAAAACAAAAGUGGUACGAAAAACGUGUGUGCCCAGCUUUAUGGAGACGCUCGAGUAUCGCAUGCCAUUGGAACAUAUACAAAAUCGUUUAUUGCAUGUCACUGUAUGGUCACAUGAUACAUUACAGGAGAACGAAUUACUGGGCGGCUUUCAAAUCGAUCUGAGUAAAUAUGAUUUACGUAAAGAACUGAUCGAUUGGUUUCGACUUGGACCAAUGCCCAGAAAUUGAACAGCGAACUGCGCUAGGGCCGAACACAAACUAGCUAGUAGCUGCAGAAUAAAAUUGGGGGAAAAUUACUUUGAAUGGCGUUAGAUGCAAGUGAAAUAAUCGCCAACUAGUUCGCUAUUAUCUAACAAAGAACCGCAACGAGGUUUUCGAAAACUACUUGCAAAGCAACAGUAUUUCCUUCGCACAUAUAGACACCGCUACAGGGAUGUCCGUUAGGGGCUGAUAAAAAAAAAGAGUAUCUAUUUACACUUACAAACAGAGUAUAACCCAAGCAGCAGGCAGGCGGUUGAAAAGAACAAAGUUCUUACAGAUAUAUAUUUUUAUAAAUAACUUUACUUACAAAUCUCUCUGCAGGACUGCACUUAUAAAAUAGACAUUCCAAUUAUGCUUAUGAAACUUAGAAUCGAAAACACUUAGAAGUUGAAAAAUAUUACACAUACAUAAGUAAGGGGAUAAUAAAAUUUUCUACGAUUAAUUGUAAUUUUCAUUCAGGCACAGAAAAUGUAAAAAAAUAUGGAAGCAUAAUUCAAGGCGCACAGCAUUCGCCGGCGAUUGUAAAUUUUUGGCGAAGUAUUUUUGAAGCUAAAACUCCCCACCAAGUCUUGCAGGUGUCUCAGGUUUUCAGCGCUCGAUUCAGCCAUAAUUUUUAUAUGUCGGCGUGGUUGCCGAAAUCUACAACGCCUGAAAAACUUGUUGUGUAGUUCUUGCUUAAGCGUAAAUAUUUGCCUAUUAAAUGUUAAUAUUUGCUUUUUGUAUUUCGUAGUUGGCACAAAUUCUAUCCUUCUUUUUACAAGAAGCUCACACUAGGUUUUUUUUUUGUCUUUUGCAGACGUGGGAUAUUCAAAGCGUACAUUUAUUUGAAUAUUGUUAAAAAUUUAAAAUAAUAUGGCUUAGCUUUGCAUGGUCUCUUCGCUCAAAAAAAAUUUGUUUAUGCUUGCAGUUAAUAUAUGCAGUAUAAGCUCUAUUUGCUAUCACUGUUUGCUGCUUCUUGUUUAAGAUCUAAAUGUUCUUUUCUUUGUUUUCGUUAAGACUUUUUUCAAAAUUUCCUAAUAGAGCAUUAUUGACCCUUUAAUUAUUACGAUUUAUGUU